AUGUCACAACCGGGAUCCGACGAGGAAGAGAAGAGAAAGCGGGACAAAGUGGGAGAGUUCCUAAAGAAGAAUUACAACAAGGGUGAACUCGCCUUGAAGCAUGCCGUCGGUUUGGGUCAGACCCCCAAUGUCGUCCCCGUCACACAGCCCGUCAUCAAUGGCCCCUCACGCGUCGUCGAGGUCGGCUGGCACCCCGUCGGAGGCCUCGCCGGCAAGUGGUUCGCCGAGGAGACAGGCCUGGGAAAGAUGAUCACCGAAAAGAUCAACAAGUAUCCCGAUCCCACUCAGCAUUGGGCCGUCCUGAUCGGCGACUACGCCCACCAGCUGUGGAUGGAUGAGAGUUUUCACGUUAUCUACACCAAUGAGCGAUACAAGCGCGAAGAAUGGCGCACCUUCACCGUUGGCGAAACAACCUUCAACGACGAUGCCAUUCGUCGCGCGGGCGAGUACGUCAUCCAAAGCAUCAGGUCACGGCAGCCAGCCUACAACCUCAUCACCAACAACUGCCAAACCUUUGUCCUGGAACUCCUCGACGCCGUCAAAGUCGACGGCCACAAGGACUUUGGCACCACGCUCGCCGUGUACGAGAGACUCUUCAGCUCCGGCAAGGUCAUCGACCUCUUCUCGGACGAGCAGAAGCAAGACCAGCAGAAUCAGCUACCGAUGCUCGAGGCUCCGCCGCAAAGCUAUGCUCUGCCACCGUCGCCGGCAUCUCCGCCCCCCGGUGGACCGCCAAUGUCGUAUACGUUCCCGCCACCACCUGGACAGAACCCAUAUCCGCCGCAGCACCAGUACGGACUUCCUCCGCUACCGCCGCCGCCGGGUCCUCCGGGCCCUCCGGGCCCUCCACCACCACCACCUCGUCCACCGGCGGGCCCACCGCCUGGUCCUCAUCCUGGAACCGUUUCGCAUGCGCAAAAGGUCAUGAACGACAACACUACGCAGCUCGAUACCCAGGAAGAGGCCAGCAAAUCGAGGGGUCUCAAGAAGGAAAAGGAAAAGGACAAAGAGCCCAAGAAGAGUUUCUUCUCUCGGUUUUCCCGGAAAUCAGCAGAGUAG